AUGCUUGAGUGCACGGAUCGGCAGCGUCAACACAAGGGUCCACUGACGACCAUGUCUUUUCCAUGGUACGCCAGGUCCAUCGUGAAAUACAAGAGCCCACAUCCGCAGGACUUAUCCUUUCCUAAGGAUCAGGACCUGCGCGUACUGGGCUAUGCAGAUCGUGGAGCUGAGGAAGAGGAAGCCGAGGAAGAAGACGAUCGGUGGUAUGUCGGAGAGUGGCUCGAUGGAUCGCGUCAAGGGCAGUUUCCAGCAAGUCUGGUGGUGCGUAUCAAUUCUGAAGAGGUAGAUGUGCCUCAUUCACCGGCAAUGCCUGCCGCAGAGCCCAUUUCCCCGCCCAAAGAUAUUUCCAGCGAGAAUGCAUCUAGCGUGGCCCCAGAACACGUGCAAGAAAAGACACCGAUGAAUGCUGAAGAGCCACAAGAAAAGGUGCCUGUCGAAGGAGUACAAGAAUUUGUACACAAGGAGGCAUCAGGAAGCGCUGAGCAGCCACAAGAAAAGGUGGAUGUCGAAGAAGUCACUCCUCAACCGGAGGUUACCGGGAUGCUCCCUAUUGAGCAGCCCGUGGUUCAGACACAUACCGAACAAAUGCCCCAAGAUUCGGAACGCAGAGCGCCAGUGCCACGUGAGGACGUUGCAGAGCCAGUUCAGGAACGAGCCCCUGCACCUAUCAAGCCGAGCCUGAGCGAAUCCGUUCCCGAUACACAAGCAUCAGCCACCAUGCCCUCCCAUUCCCCCGAGGACACCCCUGUUGGACCGGCACAGGGUCAUGCUGCGCCAAGUUCGACGGCAGAUCCACAGGCAGCGGAGCCAUCUAUUGAUCCAAGUGCCAUGUCGCUUCGUGACCGUAUUGCCGCGUUUAACAAGCCAGUGGAAAAAGGUCCACCACCGCCCCUUCCGCGUGGCAAGCCUGGCGGCUGGAAACGGCCGGUACCUGUACAUGUGGCUCCAAAACAUGUGGAUGCCAGGACAGAUGCUGCGCCGAGCACAAUGAGUGCUUCAGACGCGCAGAGCAGUAUCAAGAUGAGCCUGAAAGAGCGCAUGUCGGCGCUGCAACGGAACGAAGAAGCCAUUUCUCGCCCUACUCUUACUACAGAGCGCCAAACUCCUUCAAAGCUGACGAAUCCCCUUCCUACUGAGCCGUCAGGCGAAGAUGCAGAACACCGCGCUUCGAUUGCGAGGCGAAUGGCAGCACUCGGUGGUCGCCGUGUUGAGCCGGGUCUCUUUGGCAUUUUGCCCAAGGCUGAGGCUUCGAAGCAGAAGGAUCAGCAAGACGUGGAUCAGAAAGAGGCCAGCGAGCAGGAUGCCAGCGAGAAGGCAGAGAGCCAAGAUUCGCAAACUGCCGUGGCCUCAACGGGCGAGGCACCAUUAGUGGUGCCUCGUCGACCUGUUGCUCCGCGAACGCGUCGUAUAAAACCCGCUCAAGAGACUUCCAAGGGACCAGAGAAUAGUGAGGUGCAUCAUUCGACUGAGCGGCAGAUACCAGCAUCCGAAUCUGCUACGGAUCCGCCCGCACCUAUGGACGGCGGGGCAUCGACUGUGGAAUCUCCGGCAUCAUGUAAGGCUGGUGAAGAAUGCCCUGAUGGCGUGCUUGUGAUGCAUAAGGAGCCUGGAGAGGCACCGGCUGCUCACAACGAGCAAUUGUCUACGCUAGAGGGUGAAGUGAGCAACGAAUUCUCUGUCCCCGCUCGUGAUACUACUGAGUCAUGUGUGCCUGCUCAACAAGAGGCUCAGACGCUGCCAGCGUCUGAUUUAUUGUCCACGAAACCAACGCUGUCGUCCUCAGAGGCUCCAUGCAAGACUGAACAAGAUGUACAAUGCGCAUCUCUCACUGGAUCUGUGGACAAGCCUGAUGUAGAGCCGGAGUCACAGGUGUCGAAGACUGUGGUGCCUCCUAUCCAAGAGCAAGAGGAUACUCCCUUGGCAUCGGAACAUGACGUAUAUACAGGCAUGGAAACGGUGCCUGCCGAGCAGCCUAUGAUCCCUUCACCAUCUGACCCCAUCGAACAUAUCGCAUAUGCCAUGUCGACCAUGCCAACUAGGAAUGGAGUAACAGAGGACUCAGACCAAGAUUUUGCUGAGCAACAUGCACUACUUGAGCAUCUUCUACAACACCCAGGAGAGACGUCGAGUAUUCGGCAGGAGCCUGUUUCGUGCCUCGAAGAACGAACUUCCCCUGCCCCACCACUCAUCAUGGGCAUGCCUAUGCCCCCUCGUCGCUCCACUCACGAUAACAUCUCGCCUCUUUCACCCAUGGGACACGAUACGCCCUCUUCCCAUACAUCAUCGCCUGUUCACACUGAAACGGCGCCAUCAGCCCGAAUGCCGCCUCGACCCACUCGCCGUGCCCCUACUCUGCCUGUGUUGGAAGACUCACUUACAUCACCCCCCAACAAGCCCGGAUUACCAUCAAAUAUCAUCGACGUACCCAUUCCUAACUCAGAUACACGAACUGAAGAGGCCACGUCGCCCUCCAGCGCUGUUCCAGAUCGACCUAAACGCGCGCCGCCUCGUGCACCCUCCUCUGAGACUGCUUCGUAG